AUCAUCAUCAUCAUCAUCUUGCGCAACUAUGAUGGAGACGACGAGCAGGGUGCGGCAAUGCCCCGGAGGCUAGGAUACAGCGGUACACGUCAUGGACGACGGCGCCUGGCGUAGGAGCCGGCACCAGCGCGACGACCAAGGCACGGAGGUCGCGGGCGCCCAGUGGACCUCCUUCGACGUCUGGCUGCCGGCGCUGACGGCAGGCACCGUGACCGGCGCGCUGCACCUGUGGAAGCUGCGCCCGCCGGCCGUGCUGCGCAAGAGCGCGGUGGCGGCUGCCGGCGCCUGCCUGGGCACCCUGCUCGUCGGCUGCUUCGUCAACGUCCGGCGGGACGCCAGGGUGAAGAAGAAUUCACCACUGCCCUUGCAGCCGGAGCUGGCCCGGUCGUGGGACGAUGACGAUAAACGACCACCGUACACCGACGACCUCCCCAGGGGACAGAGGCCAACGCGGAGACCCGUGGGGCUGAAGAACUUCCGCGUGGAUGAGGCCUAGCACGGUCCACGUACAAACCGCCGGGGGCGAACCGCACCUCUUUGCUGCGCACCCUUAGCAGUACCUAUAACGUGAAAAUUCCAUUGACGCUGUCUACAGGCGGUCAUAGACCAAAUCACAGUCGCCGUUGGCUCUAUAUCGAGUUUCUUUUUUUUCUUUUUUUUUUGUAUAUUCAUGGCGUAAAGACAUACCAUACUGACAAUAAAAUUUUACAGAUUAGAAUG